CAUACAUGUGAUAUGUGGAGAUAUAUGUAGUCUGAUUGCAGCACCUGUAAUUUCUGUUUGCAGGAUGUUUGAUGUUGGAGGCCAGAGGUCUGAGAGGAAGAAGUGGAUCCAUUGCUUUGAAGGAGUGACAGCUAUUAUCUUCUGUGUCGCUCUUAGUGCAUAUGACUUGGUUCUGGCAGAAGAUGAAGAGAUGAAUCGCAUGCAUGAGAGCAUGAAGCUGUUUGACAGCAUCUGUAACAACAAGUGGUUCACAGAAACAUCCAUCAUCCUUUUCCUCAACAAAAAGGAUCUCUUUGAGGAGAAGAUCAUCCAUAGCGCCUUGACCAUCUGUUUCCCAGAGUACACAGGUAGAGAUUUGUACUUCUUUUCUCAGUCAAUUCUUGCUCUCAAAUGUGGUUACUCAUUUGUGAUCCUUUUGGCCUGGCAGAAGUGCAAUUGAGGUUGCGUCUCAAAA